AUGUCUGCGAAUUGUUCAAUGCAUGCCGGGAGUUGGACAAAGCUAACUUUGACUGAGUUGAAGGACUUGUGUGCAGCUUGUGGCCUCUCCGUAGAGGGUGAUAAAGAAGAGCUAGAACAAGAACCGGGGCCCAGGAAUGCUGAUGAUAGGACAGGAGAAGUAGUAGAUGUGGACUUGGAUGAAGAUGGAGGUGGUGAGUUUGAGGAUGAUUUAAAUGAAGACUCCCAGGAAGCGGAUAAUAGGAUUAGAGAGGAAUUUGCAGCAUAUUUUAGAGGAAAAGAGAAAGUAAAGGAGAUUGAAGAUGGAGAUGGGUUAGAUGAAGCUUGGCCGAAAGUUAAAUUAUCAAGACCACAUGACCAGCAUGAGUAUGAUUUUUUGGCAAAGAUUGGUAGACGUUUAGAUAAGGCAAUCAGGAUAUUGCCAGAGUCUAAUAGGAAGGAAUUUGUUGGUGUGCGUGAGGAAGUUGAGUCAAGGGCUGUUACUCUGAGAUUAGCAGAUAACAGAGGAUGGGGUACUGCAUUGCAGAUUGUAGAAAGUAAUGAUAAGAUGAUGGAGAAGUAUAAGGACUGUAUACCUUUAUUUAGCCAGGCAGGGCAAUCUUCAUGCUUAUAUGAAUGGGGUUAUAGAAGAAAAGCUUGA